AUGAAGUUAGGGACUAUUGUGGGACUUUGUGUUACCACUGCAACUGUUUCAGCAACAACAACUACGACUGAGGAUUUUUAUGCUACUGCCUCUCAGAUAAAAUUUACCAAGACCGACACAGCUUCUCUCUCGAGUAGCUAUUCAACGGCUUCGUCAACGGCGAGCUCUUCGAGCGUUUACUCGGGGUCUGAAUCCUCCCCUUCGUCCUCGGUGAUAUCUGCGAGCACUUCAGCCGCAUCUUCCACAUCUACAAACUCCGGCACUGCAGACAACUCUGCAAUCUCGUUGUCCUCGACGGCUGGCUCUUCGAGCAACCUCGAGAGCUCCUCUGCUUCUUACCAGAGUUCAUACGCUUCUUCUACUGGAUCUGUAAGCAGCUAUUCCACGCUAGUUCCAUCUUCAGCUCCUGAGAGCGCUUCAGAGAUCUCUCAGACGUCUUCUGAAACGAUAUCAUCAGCUACCAGCCUGCCAAUUGAUUUCGGGUCCUCUUCAACAUCUAGUUUGUCAAGCGAACUUCAAUCGUCCUCUGAAGCAUACCCCGAGUCUUCGAGCCUCCUUUUCACCACUUCCUCAUUUUUGUCGUCGAGUGCAAACCCCACAUCACAGCUAUACUAUAACACAUCUUCGACGUUUCAAAAUUCGGAUAGUCUAACUGCCAUUUUGACAAGUUCUCUUUCUCCUUCGAGCUUUGAUACGUCUGAAAGUUCUUCAGAACUCUCCACAGGGUUUUAUGUCUCCACUUUUGGAGGUGCCACUGCAGAGCCUUCUAUUACCCAGCCACUAGCAUCAGCCAUAUCUAGUGUUGCUACAGGUAUUCCAACUGGAGGAUUUUUAUCAGUUGAUUCUGUCUCAACUUCCGGAUCGCUUUCCUCGACCGAAUCUUUCUCUUCGAUUGAAUCGAUAUCGUCCACAACCUCAUCUCAAGUUCCUACAUCCACAUCGAGCUCGUCAACACACUUAACCUCGACACUUUCUCCAAUUUCUUCAUCUGCAAAGUCGACUGCAGCUUACACGACAAUCUCCACUAAGAAAUCCAGCACUACAUCUACUACAUCUACCAAGUCUUCCACCACUUCAAGCAAGUCGAGCACAUCUACUACCUCUACCAAGUCUUCCACCACUUCUAGCAAGUCUUCUACCACAUCCAGUACUUCCUCCAAAUCUACCACCAGCAAAACAUCGACCACUUCCAGCACCUCGACCAAGCCAUCUACUACUUCCACCACUUCUUCAGCUUCAGCCACUAGCUCUUCAACCACUCUAGCAGCAGCUGUCGCAACAGCUUUGCUCGCCGAACACAACAAAUUGAGAGCUUUGCAUGUUGACACUGAUGAUUUGGUAUGGGAUGAUGGUUUGUCAGCUUGGGCUUAUGACUAUGUGGAAAGUUUGACGGGCACAACUUAUGACCCAUGUUCAGGGAAUUUGAUACACUCUUCGAACAGGAACAAUCAGGGUGAAAACAUUGGCUUUGCAACAACAACAGAUCCUAGUUCGCUGAUUGACGCUUGGUAUAAUGAAAUUGAAUAUUAUGAUUACAAUAAUAUCACUGGUAUUGAACAUGACGGGCAAGAAGUGGGCCAUUUCACACAGGUUGUAUGGGCUUCCACGACUAGCGUAGGAUGCGCUGUUGUCCAAUGUGAUACCAUGGCUAGGUAUGGUCAAAAUGCAACCUACUUGCUUUGUGAGUACUCACCUGCAGGUAAUGUUUACGAUGAAACCCCUGGGGACUACGAAUUCGUCUUUUUCGAAGAGAACGUUAAAGAACUAAAGUCUUCCAACUAG